AUGGCUUCUGCAGUGAAGAAGAUUUGGGGGUUGGGGAACAAGAAGGCCCAGGAGUACCCGGGAGACUCGAGUCCCUGUGUCUUCUCGAGUCCCCAUUACUGCGUCCACAAAAAACAUCUUAGAAAACUCCAUGAAGCUGCCUUUGCUGGUGAUGCAAGGAAAGUGGAGGAGAUCCUUUCGUCUGGGAAAAAUAGUGUGGAUGAUACAGACAAAAAGAACAGGACCGCUCUCCAUCUGGCCUGUACCAAAGGCCAUUUAGCAGUGGUGAUUCUCCUGCUGGAAAGACAAUGCCAACUUAACAUCUGUGACAGAGAAAAGAGGACACCUCUGAUGAAGGCUGUACAUUGCCAGGAAUGGGAAUGUGCUAUUUCUCUACUGGAAUAUGGUGCUGAUCCCAACCUUCAGGAUAUCUAUGGCAAUACUGCCCUCCAUUAUGCUGUCUAUAAGGAGAAUAUGUUGCUAGUAGAAAAACUGCUUUCAUACCAUGCAGGUAUUGAAAUAAAAAACAAGGGUGGAUUCACACCACUUUUACUUGCUGUGAAUUAUAAUAGACAGCUCAUGGUGGAGUUUUUAAUGAAGAGAAAUGCAAAUAUAAGUGCAGUUGAUAAUUGGAAAAGAACAGCUUUGAUGAUUGCCUUACGUGAGAAUUUGCCAGAUAUAGCUAGUUUUCUUCUUCAGCAACAUGUCGAUACCUCUCCUCAAGAUAUGGUUGGAAGGACUGCUAGAGAUUAUGCUAUUCGCAGUGGUUUGCAAGCCAUUUACAAACAAAUUUCAGAAUAUGAAAAAGGAAAGAUACUAAAUGGCAAUAAGACCUGCAAAAAUUCUUCUCAAAGUAGCAACUCAGAACAAGAUGAAGAAGUGACAUUAAAAGAAAAGCAAGAAAGGCUUGAAGGAAGUAAAAAUAAUGAGCCACAGGUUAAAAAAAAAAGGAAGACACACAAAAGUAAUAAAGUGGUAGUAUCAGAAAACCUGUAUGAUGGUGCUGCUGCUGAUAACAAUGACAGUGGAGUAACUCCAGGAAGAAAGACUGAAAAAACUGAUAAUCAGCACUUUCCUGAGCAGGAAGAGUAUGAUAGGCCUGCAAAGAAAACAUUUAAGCAAAAGAACAAGGUCAAAAAACGAAUAUAUUCUGUGCAUGACCUUGAUGACUUAAGUCAGUCAUCUGAAACAUCCUCAGAGGAUACUGAGUUGUCUUCCUUUAGUUAUGAGAAGCUUAUGUUGCAAAUUGAACAACUUGGAAUGGAUUGUGAAGUCUUGGAGGACAGUGCUACCAAGCCUAAUACCAAUAACAAGGAUGAAGAGACCAAUGACUGCCAGGCCAAAGAUGCACCAGACAGUGACCAGUGUAGGACACAUAAGAGCAAACUGAAGUGCCUCUUAAAAAUGGCAACAAAGUUAAAUGAACAUGAAAAUGAAAGGUUUAAUUUUCAUGAAGAUGGAAAAACCAGAAAAUUUGAAAAGGAUAUUGAGAUCAAUAAGCUAAAACAUGAGGUCUCAAGCCUCCAUGUGACAGAAGAUCCAGGGGAUGUGACUGUGAAAUUCCCCGUAGCAGGAUCUCACAUUGCCUCCCUGACUGCUGAAGAAACACAGACCAGUUCCUCCUCUCCUUAG